UAGUAAUCGGCCUAUAAUGGUUACCGGCUCUAUUUUGAGCGAGCGUUACUAGAAAUCACCCAUGAUAUAACAAGAUAGAGCUUCAAGACUUUGUUUAGGACAAGGAUUGUUUUUACCAACUACUUAUAGGUCACACUGCUGCCGCGUUAAGUAGAUGGGCUCAAGGCCAAUUAAUCUAGAUUUCAUCCUUACGAAGGAACUCGCGGAAUAUUUGUGCAAGGUUAGUAGUCAAGAAAUAUGCUCUCAAGACCUAAAAAAUAAAAUAAGCCAACUACUGGAAAGGAAAUCAGUUAUCCCAUUCCCCGUUUUAAAUGAUUGCUAUCAUUUGACGAAGAAGCUUUCAAAUACUUGCCAAAACAAUGUUUACCUCCCAUUUUGGAAAAUUUUUCUGACCACUUCGGUAGUCCUGCCGGCUGUUAAACAAAAUUCUAGGAAUCAGAGUUUAGAUGCUCAUUUCGAAGAUUUAAAAAAUAAACGUGACAACAUAUGCUACCAAAAAAUGACAAGAGAUAUUGGCUCACCUUUGGUCUUCUCAACCGCUCCUAAGGCUCAGAAGACUUGCUUUGCUGAACUCAAGUGUGCCAAAAAACAACUUGUCAUGGUUCUCAACUUUAUUUUUAUUGUGGUGUCCGCCUUUGUAUUCGGAUGUUUCCUUCCAGAUUUAAUUUUCUCAGGUCAUUUUGUAUCACUUUUCCUGCGAAUGGUUUGCGGUUUGUUUUGCUCGGCUACAGUCUUAGCCGCUGAUUUUUACUUCUUAGUCAGAAAUUUCAGUUUACUGGAGAAAGUGUAUGAGUGAUUUUUAAUUUCGUAAUAUUUUGGGAUUAUGGGCUUUUCAGUUUUGCGAAGUAAUAAAUUUUCACAAUUUCU